AUGAAUAUGAGGGGGCAGGUACGCCGUCCGGGGUGCUCCUCCAAGCAGGAGGCCUCCUCGUAUGUGGGUGCCCCCGCGCAAUCCAAGUGGCCAGCAUUUGGCCCUAACAUACCCAGGAAGGAGGAGGAAACGCCUGUCCUCUUUAAGCCCGAGAAGGUGUCAUCUGAAGGCGCUUGCUGCGGGGGAGCAAGCCUUGGUAACGGCGACUGCAAGGACCGCCUUUCAGCUCCUGCUUCCUUGGUGGCGACACCCCCCGCAGCGGAUUUUGAAUCGCAGGCCGCGGCGGGGGGGAGCAAGGGCAGGGGAUCCGAUGCUGGAAAAAAGAAAGCGUCCGUCAGUUUCAGCGACCAACUGCCCACCUGCGCGGGGGGCACCUCCCAGCACUCGCCUGCCUAUUGCAUGGGCAAGCGUGUGGAGGCUUUGCCCGACAAAUGGCGCUUGCUGCCCGCUUUUUUUGAGAGCCGUGGACUCGUGUCUCAGCACUUGGCAUCGUACAAUCAUUUGAUAACCCACGAACUGCGGGCUAUCGUGCGGGCUGCAGCGAACCGUCUCAUCAAGUCGGACGUGGACCCUGCCUUCUUCUUAGAGUUCCUGGAUAUUCAAGUUGGAGAUGCGCGCUUGGAGGAAAGCAUGCAGCAGUUCAAGCUCACUCCGAAGGUGUGCAGAGUGCGCGAGCUGAGUUACUCUGCGCCCUUGCUGGCUGAGGUAGAAUACAGCCGCGGCCACGAGAUCGUGAGACGGCGGGGUGUCUGCAUCGGCUACAUCCCUGUCAUGGUGAGAAGCAAGGUGUGCGCGCUCUACGGGAAGACGCAAGCGCAGAUUCAACAGCUCGGGGAGUGCCCGCUUGACCCCGGCGGGUAUUUUAUUGUGAAAGGGACAGAAAAGGUGCUGCUAAUGCAGGAGCAGCUCUCAAAGAACCGCAUCAUCGUGGAGCUCGACAUGAAGCGCAACGUUUGUGCCACUGUAACGUCGGCAACAGCCGAGGCGAAGAGCCGUACCUCCGUUGUGCUAAAGGGCAGGCGUUUGUUUCUUCGGCAUAACUCCUUUAUGGACGAUCUUCCUUUGUGCAUUUUACUGCGGGCCAUGGGAGUAGAAAGCGACCAGGAGAUCACACAGAUGAUUGGGGAGGCUGCCUGUGGCUCGGACGGGCAGGGUGAUGGCGCUCACGAAGCCCUCUCUCUUUCCCUUCAGGACUGUCACACGGAGGGAGUGUUGACGCAGCAGCAAGCGUUGCUGUGGGUAGGCACGCGGUUACGGCCGCGCAUGUAUGGCAGGGGCUUCUUUGCGCCAGCGAAGGAGCGGGAAACGCGCACCGCGAAGAGCGCAGUAGACGAAGCAGUCGACACACUGCAUCGCGUGCUUUUGGCGCACAUUCACAGUGCAGGCAGCGACUUUCGUCCCAAGGCGAGGUUUCUGAGUCUCAUGGCAAAGCGGUGUCUGCAGGCGGCCAGCGAUCCGCGGCUGCUGGAUGACAAGGACUAUUACGGAAACAAGCGGCUCGAGCUAGCGGGACAAAUGUUGGGGCUGUUGUUUGAGGAUUUGUUCAAGCGUUUCUGCAGCCAAACGAAGAAGCAGGCGGAUUACGCGCUCACACGAUACCACCAGACGCGCGCCACUACGCGCCAGAAAGAAGCGCUGCAGUACCCAGACUGUUUCCGCAACCUCCCGACGGAUAUUAUUACGCGCGGCCUGCAAACUGCCCUUUCCACAGGCACCUGGUCUAUCAAGCGGUUCAGAAUGGAGCGCUCGGGAGUCUCGCAGAUCCUUUCCCGACUCUCUUACAUCGCCACUCUGGGAAUGAUGGGCCGUCUGAACUCCCAGUUCGAAAAGGGGCGAAAAGUCUCCGGUCCGCGUGCGCUGCAGCCCUCUCAGUGGGGUGUGCUGUGUCCAUGCGAUACUCCGGAAGGGGAGAGCUGCGGCCUCGUUAAGAACCUGGCCCUGCUGACGCAUGUCACGACGGAUGAAGAUGAGGCACCCGUGGCGAGGGCUAUCUUUGCUCUCGGAGUGGAAGACGCUCAGGCAGUCAGCGGGGAGGAGCUGCACGAGCCUGCCGUCUUCUUGGUGUUCCUCAACGGCUGUCUCCUCGGCGUGCAUCGACGGCCUUCGGAGCUGCUGUCUGCGGUGCGCCUGCUGCGGCGCAGAGGCCUUCUGGGCCCCUUCGUGUCGAUACACCUGAACGCAGCUCACCAGUCCAUUUACAUUGCGACUGACGGAGGCCGCCUCUCGCGGCCGCUCAUCGUCGUAGAAAACGGCCGUCCGCUGCUGGAACGCCACCACUUGGAGCAGCUGGAGCGCGGGGAGCUCGUUUUCGGGGACCUGCUGAAUGCAAGUGUGCUUGAGUGGGUCGAUGUGAACGAGGAGAACAACCUUCUGAUUGCGCUGUCCGAAGAAAGAAUCGAAGCAGCCACAACGCACCUCGAGAUCGACCCCUUGGCCCUUCUAGGAGUUGUCGCCGGCCUCAUUGCCUUCCCGAACCACAACCAGAGCCCUCGAAACACAUACCAGUGCGCCAUGGGCAAGCAAGCCAUGGGCGCGAUUGCGUUCAACCAGUUCGCCAGAUGUGACACGCUCCUCUAUCUGCUCGUCUACCCGCAGCAGCCGCUUUGCAAGUCCCGAACGCUGGACCUCGUGCAUUUUAAUCAGCUUCCAGCAGGCCAAAAUGCAAGUGUGGCAGUCAUGAGUUUCAGCGGGUAUGACAUUGAGGAUGCGCUGGUUUUGAAUCGGGGGGCCAUAGAUCGAGGCUUUGGGCGCUGCUUCGCCAUUCGGAGGCAAAGUGUGGACUUCAAGCAUUACUAUAAUGGUGCAGCGGACAGAGCCUUUCCGCCUCCGACAGCCGCAGAGACGGGGCGUUCAGACACGGGAGCGGGAGCUCGAGGGCGAGGCCGCGGUUUCCCCAACCGGAGGUUUGCAGCUAUUGAAGAUGACGGGCUGGCUGGCGUAGGGGAGCUGAUAGAAGAGGACAUGAUCUUGGUGAAUCGGUUUUCUCCUGUCAAUACGAAAAGCCCCAUAUCGGACCCUCUCCGCCUGCAGCGGAGCGAUUUCACGCCGUCUCCCGUUCGCUACAAGGCCCCCGUGCCUGCCUACGUGGACCGGGUGCUGCUAACAGAGAAUGCCGAAGGAAGCCGUUUGGCCAAGUUCAUGCUCAGACAGACGCGCUUGCCGGAGCUGGGGGACAAGUUUUCGUCGCGCCAUGGUCAGAAAGGCGUUGUCGGUCUGAUCGCGCCCCCCGAAGACUUUCCUUUCGCGGAGGACGGCUGGACUCCCGACCUAAUCAUGAAUCCUCACGGGUUCCCCUCGCGGAUGACUGUCGGCAAGCUGCUCGAGUUGCUUGCUGGGAAGACUGCGCUGCUUAGUGGAAAGCUGCAAUACGGAACUGCGUUUGGAGGCGCCAAAGCGGCGGACCUUGCCAAAGCGCUCGUGGCAGGGGGGUUGCAUUACUCUGGCAAGCAGUAUCUAACAUGCGGUAUCACGGGAGCCCCCUUGAAGGCCUACGUCUUCUGUGGUCCGAUCUACUACCAGAAACUCAAGCACAUGGUGCAAGACAAGAUUCACGCGCGCGGUAGAGGCCCCCGGCAGUUGCUGACACGGCAGCCGACGGAGGGCAGAGCCAAGGACGGAGGCUUGCGGCUAGGGGAGAUGGAGCGCGACUGUCUAGUGGCCUACGGGGCCUCUUCCUUAUUGCUAGAGCGCCUCGUUAUUUCGAGCGAUGCAUUUGAUGCCACGGUUUGCACCCGCUGCGGCCUCAUCGGCGCUGGCGGCUGGUGCUCGAUGUGCAAAAGUGCCGGCAACACUGCGACGGUCCAGAUCCCCUAUGCCUGUAAACUGCUCUUCCAAGAGCUCAUGAGCAUGAAUGUAUGCCCUCGAAUUUCUCUCAAGGAGGCUUAA